AUGGGUGAACGACGAGGCUCGAAGAUUUCGCUGACUCCGGCCGCCAGUCCAAUCACAGGAACUGGUGAUAGUUCACUUGGAAACAUUGCUGCUCUCCUGGCAGGAGACUCUCCCCCCGCAUCCAACCCCAUAAGAGAGCGUAGAGGUUCUAAAAUGUCGGCAUCGCACGUUCCCGUGUCACUUUUAACAGCUGGAGCUGUCGAUUUUGAAGGCUACAAUUACUUGAGAGAGUAUGAAACUAUGGAUCCUACCCAAACGAACGAUGACGCUCUGGUCAUCCCCCGAAUGCGGCGAAAAAGCAAUGCAUCCGAGCUCCAAAGUGCUGGUCGCAAGAGCACUUCAAGUACUUACAGAGACUUUGUCGAGCCUGAAGCCGGGUCUACGGAACAAGUUGGAAAAGAUGCUUCUUACUCCAUCCUGUCGCCGGAAUUGGCUGCAGUUUCAGUAGCUAGUGCUAUGAGGAAGUCAUUCGAGUCGAAAGGCGACGCCAAAGGUGGUUCACCCCCGAUACCGGAAUCCGAAUUCGCUGAAUGGAAGUUUCAUAAACGUUUCAAUUCGAUGCAGAAGCUAUGGAUUGUAGGGGUGGUUUCAUUCACAGCACUUCUUCUUCCGAUGUCCACAACCUUCUAUUAUCCGGCGGUCGUCAACCUACAGAACGAUUUGCAGACUACAGAUGUAGUGAUAAACGCUUCAAUCACAGUAUACGUGUUGCUGGUAGCAGUAGGCCCAUUGUUCCUUGCCCCGAUAAGUGACGUAUACGGUCGCAGAAUAGUAUACUUGGUCUCUACAUUGCUGUUCUUUGUCACAUCCAUUAUGCUGGGUUUCAUAAGUUCAGUGUGGCAACUUUUUCUGCUGAGGGCGCUGCAAGCUCUGGGAUGCUCCCCAGUGCUCGCUAUAGGAGCCGGCAUAGUUGGUGAUGUGUUCCCCGUGCACCAACGAGGACGAGCCAUGGGCGCAUUCUUGGGGCUGCAGAUCGUUGGACCUAUAAUUGGUCCCAUGCUGGGAGGCGUAAUUACGGGCCUCCUAAACUGGCGCUCGCUGUUUUGGGUACUCGCUGGUCUUGGUUUUGUCGCGUUUGUCCUUGUCUUCUUCUUUCUACCAGAAACCUUCGUUCCAGUUGGAUAUGAUCACUUGAAAUAUCCCCCGAUAACGAUGGCGUACCUCUUGAAGAAUCCAUUCAAGCGACGUGUGCUCUCCCCUGUGGGAACUUUGGCCGUGAUGUACUAUCCCAGUGUGUGGAUGGUCACGGCAUUCGCAUGUGCUAGUUUCGCUGCACUUUACUUCUUAAACACGAGUAUUGCGCGUGAUUAUCAGAGCUUGUAUGGAUUCAGUGCUUUGGAGAGUGGCCUUGUGUAUAUGGCGAUGGGACUUGGAUUGAUGUUUGGAUCUGCUGUUGGUGGAUGGGCUGCCGACUUCUUCUACGAAAGAGCUCGCAAAGCUAGUAAAACUGGCCAAGUUGCGCCAGAGUCACGACUUCCUUCAAGCUUAAUAGGAGCUUCUAUAGUUCCAAUAGGGCUGCUUUUACAUGGCUGGCUUCUCACUGCGGGCGCCCCGUGGUGGGGCCCUUGUAUAGGACAGUUUAUCUAUGGGUUUGGUCAACUAAUUGCUGUGACAACAACAGCUACGUAUCUUGUCGAGCUUUUCCAAAAGAAUGCGUCUGGAGUUAUUGCAACCAAUAAUUUCAUUCGUGGACUCUUCGGAGCUGUCGCUGCUCUAGUCAUCACACCGCUAGAAAGUGCUGUAGGCGCCGGAUGGUCAUUUACAAUAGCUGCAGCCGGAACAGUGUUUGGCGGAUUAUGUGUCUUGCUAGUCUUCAUGUAUGGCGAAAUAGACAGACAACGAUAUGAGAGAUGGAAUCCCUCUGUAGUGAACCAAGUAAAAAACACAUAA